AUGCUCAACUUGCCAGUCUUUGACACAACCAACGUCAAUGUGUGGUUCGCACAGUUAGAGGCUAUAUUUCAGGCGAAGAAGAUACAAUCCCAGAUGGUACGUUAUGCCUAUGUGGUGGAAAAACUGCCACCUGAAAUUGCGUCCGAUGUGUUGGAUUUAUUAAAUAACUCUUUCGACACACUGAAAGAGGCAAUAAUCUACAGGACGGGGAAGUCGCAAGAACGUAACCUGAAUGACUUGUUCAAUACGUUGCAGUUAGGCGACAGCAAGCCGUCUCAAUUACUGCGGAAAAUGAAGAAUUUGCUAGGCAAAAACUCGAUGUUCGAUUCUUUAUUUCGUAAAUUGUGGAUGGACAAAUUACCAACUCACACAACUCAAAUCCUAGCUACACUACCAGAAGACCUAGAUUUGGAAAAAACGGCGGAGAUAGCGGACAAGAUAAGUGACGCUGCAACUAUCAGCAGUGACAACGCUCCAACGUUACGCGACACGCCACGUGAGGACGAAUUUAACAAGCUGCAACAGCAAAUUAAUAGGCUAUCUGAACAGAUAGACCGUUUGUAUAGAGAGCGAUUAUCCUCAGCUCACAACUUAUACGAGUCCCAACGACGUUCCCGAUCUAAUUCUCGGGGAAGAAACGAUGUGUAUUGCCGGUACCAUCGCAAAUUUGGAUAG